UUUUCUCACAAAGUAUCACCAAUGGCGGACGCAGCACCAGCCGGUGGACGUGAAGGAGGACGAGGAGAAGGACGAGGGGGAUUUCGCGGUGGAUUUGGCUCCGGAGAGCGAGGGCGGGGUCGCGGUCGUGGUAGGGGACGUGGUCGUGGAAGGGGCCGCGGGCGUGGUCAGAAGGAAGGGGACAAGGAGUGGAUGCCCGUCACCAAGCUGGGCAGACUAGUCAAGGAUGGGAAAAUCAAGGCUUUGGAAGAGAUUUAUCUGUUUUCCCUUCCGAUCAAGGAGUUUGAGAUCAUUGACUUUUACCUGGGCACAGUACUGAAGGAUGAAGUCCUGAAGAUCAUGCCAGUCCAGAAGCAGACACGUGCUGGUCAGAGAACUAGGUUCAAGGCUUUUGUGGCUGUUGGUGACCACAAUGGUCACAUAGGUCUGGGAGUGAAGUGCUCCAAGGAAGUGGCCACAGCCAUCCGUGGAGCCAUCAUCCUGGCCAAGCUCUCCGUGAUCCCUGUCAGACGUGGUUACUGGGGUAACAAGAUCGGCACGCCACACACUGUGCCAUGCAAGGUGACAGGAAAGUGUGGUAGCGUCCUGGUGCGUCUGAUCCCAGCUCCCCGUGGUACCGGCAUCGUUAGUGCUGAAGUACCGAAGAAGCUGCUUCACAUGGCCGGUAUCGAGGACUGCUACACAGCUGCUAGAGGCUGCACAGCAACGCUUGGCAACUUCGCCAAGGCCACAUUUGCAGCCAUUUCCCAGACGUACUCGUACCUGACCCCUGACCUGUGGAAGGAGACAGCGUUCACCAAGUCUCCCUACCAGGAGUUCACAGACUAUCUGGCCAAGCAGCACAGGCGACCCGAGGGGCAGAGGCAGGAGCAGAAAGUCUACUAGACCCAUACACACACUGGGUCCCAGUCUGUGACUUGUUCUCCAAAUAGAAAAAAAAAAUAACUUGUAAAACAGAACUGUUCAUUACUUAACCCUUUACCAAUCAACGUGCUUAUAGUCCAUUAGAAAAUAAAAUUGAAACUAGUUGUGACACACAGAGUCUUGUGACUAGUUGCACAUUAUAUCAUACACAGUGUUGGGCUCGUUCUCCAGGAGUAGAAAUUCUCCUUGCUGCUUACUUGACCAAGUUACUUUUUAUGCAAAGAGAAACAAUAAACUAUUAGUCAAACAAA